UUGAUACACGUGGGUGUAGAGUACUGGCAGUAUGGACGCAGAUGUUGUUCCGUCUCAACUGUUUCCGCACGUCUACAGCUUCCUGAAGAGCAGCGGCUUUAAAAAGACGUCGAAAGCUUUCAAGAAAGAAUGCUCUGUUGAUCUUACUGGUGCUGGUUCUAGUGCUCAGCUUAUAGAUUUCUACAAGGCAUAUAUACAGUUACAGUCUCAGACAGAAAGUCAAGCUUCUACCAGUAAUACUACAGAGUCUAGCUUGUCAUCUCGUAAACGAAAAGAACCUAAGAAAUCUCUCAAAGUAAAGAAAUUGCAAACAUUGAUAUCCAGAAAGCGUUCGCACUCACUUUUGCAGUCACCACCACCACCACCAUCAUCAUCAUCAUCAGACUCUGAUGACAAUGAGAGUGUAGAGAAUGUGGCAACACCAGCAAAGAAGGCUAAGUUAGAAGUUCAAGAAACGAGUAAACAGAAGGCUACAAAGACCGUCAAGUCAAUGGGCAAACACAAGGCAAACCAAAGUCAAAGAGUUGAUGAGAAAGUUGAACCAACUGCAACAACUUUAGGGAAGACAAGAGUAAAGAGCAGUGACCGUCGAGGAAAUGAUGUAGCAUCUCAUGUGUUAGAGAAGAGUGAUUUAGUUGUUGAAGAGAUGGUAAAGUCAGACUCAUCAGAUUCAACGUCAAAUGACGAAGAAGAUGGAAAGGAAGAGUUAGAUCAACAUGACAGCAAAACGAGUGGAAAUGAAGUAGGGGCUGAAGCUUCCAAUUCCAGCAGCUCAGAUUCAGAGGAUAACUCUGAUGUGAAAAUGCUGUUGCCAAAAAAGAAAAAAAUUAAGAGCAAGGGUGCAGAUGCAGCACUGGAUCAAGCUGUGGUGACAACUCAAUCUUCUAUACCAAAACCUAAAAAAUCAAAGAAGAAGUCAUUGACGCAUGCAGAAGCGGAACCAUUUCGUAGAGUAAAGAGUGAAGAAGUGCUAGUUGAUCCUCGAUUUCAGGACAACUCUUUUAUGGCCAAGGGUGGUGCAAGGGGAAGUUGGGGUGAGAAGGCAUUCUAUGACUUCAAAACUACCAAAGGCAAAAACUUCCGCCAUGAAAAAACAAAGAAGAAACGAGGUAGUUAUCGAGGUGGAAGUAUCGACACAGGAAUACAUUCAAUAAAGUUUGACGACUGAAGUUUGAGUAUCUACAUUCACAUACAUAAUCUCUGCCUUUUGUUUCAAAUAAAUACAAAGCAAUAGAUUAAGUUUGUGUACUAA